CCUCUCUUAGCCGCGCAAAUCAGCCACUGGCAAAAUAUUGGAACUUGUCGGUGAUGGAAACCAUGACCCGCUAUUGGAGAAAGUGCUAUGGAUACCGACAAUUUCUUCGGAUUUGACGCUUCCUUGGCGCCCGAUGAUGGAUGCUUGGAAGGAGGACCUGAGGACGAAGAAUAUGAUGCUCUCAACGAUGAGACCUUCGGGUCAGCAAUGGUGGACGGUGACUGGGAGGAGGGCCACGAACAGAUGGCCACCCUCACAGAAGCCGGCCGAAUUAGCAACAAGCACAAACAACUUCAGAAUGCUUUGAGAAGAGAUGAUGAUGGAGGCUUAGCCACGGAUUUUCACAACUUGGGUCUAGGACGGUUUGGUAGCCAAGAUGGAAAUCGGUUUGGAGGUUCUGAAGGUGGUAGGCUGGGCCAAGGCAGUGCACCCAUCAACAUUGUUGGGUAUCAGUCUGGAUCCACGGCUCACCACCAUCACAUGAGCUCGGCACUCCUGGCUGGACCAGAUUUGCCAGGCUCCCCAUCCAACAGCAUUUGGACGCCCUCACCUGUCCUGGACAAGCUCCUCCCAGUCAGUCAUCAUUCCCCUUCCAAUGGAGUCAACCACUCCUUGAACCAGAUGCAUGUGCUGAACCAAGGUGGGAUGUCUCAGCCUUUGGGACUGCCUUCCAUUAAGACCGUGGCUGAGUUGGAAGAGGAAUUGAAGAUGCAGCAGUCAAGGGAUCAGACACCUCAUGGCCUGCACAUGAAUGUUGUGAGAGCAGAAGACUUAGAGAGGGAAUUGGCACGACAGACAGCUAAUAAGCAACCACAUCAACAGCACCAACAUCCUGGGAUGAAUAAUCAAAUGCCAAACCACCACCAGUAUCUACCAAGACAAGGGUCAUUCUCUGGUGGAAUGCCUAACAAUCACAGCCAAAUGAAUAGACCGUUUCAGAGGCCAUUUGGUAGUCCAGGAAACUUCCAGAAUCAAAUGCCGCAUCUCCCACACCAGCAUCAUCAGCAGCAGCGUUAUAUCAAUAACUUCCAUAAUAACAAUAACAAAGGAAUGUUUGGACCUCAUGCACACCCUAACCAAGGCCAUGAAGGGUUCAAUAACUACCACCACCAUCAUCAGAAUAGCUAUAAUAACCACUACUCACAGCAACAGCAGCAGCAGCAAAAUUACCACCACUACAACAACCGUAAUCCUGACAACCGUUAUUUCAACCAUAAUGGCUUGGACUCUUCUAGAGGUGGAAAUGAGAGAAGAAACAUGGACAGAAGAAACUAUGACCAGAAUCGUGGAUAUGAUCAAGGCAAAGGUCGCCAAAAUAAUAGCCGUGAUGACUACUCUGGUCACUCUGGUGGACGAACACGAAGGGACAGUGAAGCAGAAUGGGAGGAAUGGCAUCGUAUGCGGGAACAGGAUGAAUACUGUGGUCUCAUGACUCCAAGAGAGAAAUCAUGGCUGAAAAAUAUUCAAGCAAUGCAACUCCAUUCUGACAGCCCAUACCAAGAUGACUAUUACUAUGUGAUGUAUAGUGUAAAGCAACAGAGGAAGAGGGAGGAAGAGGUGAUUGAAAUCGAUGGACUCCAGUUGCUCCUGCCUGACCGUGGGAAAGAUGGUGGUCGGGAGUACGAACCCCCAAGGCUGGAAAACUCCCUUGGCAAGUUGCAGGUUGUUAGUGUUAAUGCUCCCAGAAAGAUCAUUGACCUGCAAGUUGUGCACCUUGACCCGUCCCACCCUACUACACCACUACAGCGUGAAAUGAGGAAACAUAGACAUCUCCUUUUACACAUAGAAAAGCUUUUCAACGUGAUGAUGGAGUUGGAUGAUCUGGAACGCAAAAUCCGUCUCUUGCCUGACUGUCCCACAAGAGAUCUCUUCCAGUCAAAAUCUCGUACAUUAGCCUCCAAGCUAUGGGAAAAUAUACAUGCAACACCAGAAAGAUUAGUACAGUUACUGUGUAUAAGGAAGGGAAAGAGUUUGCUGGUUCGUCUUUUGAACUGGCUGGGUCCAAAUGAGUGUGAGAAAGUUGUCAUGACAAUACUGCAAAACAUGACACUUCUGUCCAAGAGAGACACCCAUGACCAUCACCUGGAACUUUUCUGGCCAAUCACAGACCAUCUUAUAGACUUGGCUGUGCAUCAGCAGCUCUUAGAAUUUGCAUCAGCUCUCACUGCACAAGGAGGGGGACCUCAGAAAGCAAACCUGGUGUCUGCUCUGUACAACAAGUAUGGUGUUAGCUUGCUGAUGGCACUUAUGGUACGUGGUGAGAGUCUCCUGGCAAGUCUCGAAGAUUCCCCAGAGUGGCAGGAGUUUCUUUUAGCCAUAAUCACUGGGCUUGUAGCCGUCCCUGACAACACAGGAAAACCUUCAAAUGAUUCAAGCAAGACUCCCAGUGAAAUGCCGCAAGCUCUUCCUUCAGUUGCAGUGGCUGCAUCACCUCAUCGCCCUGCCCAGCACCUAGCUCGGUGCAAAGCUGCUGACCCGGCCGUCCUAAAGGUGGCCCAAGAGAAAAUGAUGGCCCUUACAGUCAGUCACACCAAACCCAAGGGUCAAAGUCCUGCCAAAUCUUAGUCCUAAAUUGUAUUAGGAAUUUUUCGAAGAAAACCGUGAUUUUUUAAAUAGCAAAUCAAGUACUUUUCUUACGACAGUUUGUUCAACUUGUCCUCUCUUUUUUUGGGUGGGUGGGUCUUAAUUUACUUUAGGACUAGUCCCAGGAAAAAAUUCAAGUGUUUAACUGAUAACCAGAUUAUAAAAUAGUAAUUUAUUUGUUUUGUGCUGUAGGACAAUUGGAAAUAUUACCCAAAGACUGUUUUUAGUGGGAUUGUAAAUCUAGUGAGUGGGUCACCUACAGUAAGCAGAGACCAUAGACAACUGGCUGUAAUUGCAUAGGGAUUCAGUUAAGUUUUCUCACCUCUGUCAGUGUCUAGCUAAUCUAAUGUUUCAUGUAUUUUUAGAAUAGUUUACAGUUAUUUUACACCAGAGUUAUCAAGAAACUGCCACAACAACCAGUGUUCAAAAUUAUACAUUGAUGAAGUGCAGCUGUCUGAAAUGUUACCAAACAGUCAUUCACGGAUAGCGAUUUGGAUGUUUAUGAUAUUAGGAAUGAAUGUUGAGAUGAGAUGGUAUUCAUGUGAAUUUGGUGCAUAGCAAUAUGGGCUAUGAGUUGGUGCUUAGUUUGAUGAUUCGUAGUAGCUUUUGGUUGUACUUCAAUAAGUUUGGAAUACUCAUUACACUGCAUUGUUAUUUAGUUUAAGAUUUAUGGAAGAAAAGGUAAAGCAGUUUGUUAUAUGUGAUGAGUAAUUUACUCAUAAUACAAUACUCAUUGUAUUUGUCAUCUAUAUACUUUGUUAAUUAAAUACAUUUUAAAAUUUCUGAAUUACUACCAGGCCUGCUAAGAUUCAUCAUUAUGUAGCAAGUGCAUUGUACUUUUUGCACAUAAGCAAAUUCAGUUGUGCUUGAGAUACACAAGCCUUCCCAUAGAAAUGAAUAAUCUUGAAUCUUGUUACUGCUGAAUGUGCUUAUGUGACCCGAGAACCAUGAAGAGCAUAGCUAGUGAUUUUUGUUGACAAAAGGAUCAAGACUCUCCCCACUCUGCUGAUGUUGGUGACAUUUCUCAUUUAAAGAUGGAAAUCAUAUUCAAGCAACUUAGCCAUCAUCUGACAAAUAACUAAGGUGUUAGUUAAUCAGUCCACUAAUCAUUGUUAUUUUGAAUAUACCCUAGGAAUGGUCAUAAGGGAUGUUACUCUACUGUGAUACACAGUAUAUCAAAGAAGUUCUUCCUUUGCUUUUUAUUUCCUAAGCUAACAAAUCCGAUUAUGACAAAGUGUAUGCGGCUUUCACUCGUACGCAAUACAGUUCAGUCCUGUUUUUAUGAGUUCAGUUUUGAUAUGGGUAUGAAAGCGAAAUAUUGUUCUACUCAUUACAACUUACAAUUUAUAGAUUUGUAAAUGCAACAGACAUGGGAGUGUGCUAACAUUUUUGGGCAAACUUAAAAGCCCCUCCCUCAUUUUUGUUAUGUAAAUCAAACAUCUGAUGUACAUUUUUAUAUAUGGUUCUAAAGAUUCUUUUAUGUUUUUUGGGCAGGACAUUAUGCAAGUUUGUUUGUAAUUAGCUGCUCGUGUGAGGUCUGUGGGGCGAUAUUGGUUAAGCCCAGGCUACAUUUGUUUAUGGCCUUCCAACACAGACCUUCCUGCCCCCACCUCAUUUUUUUUUUCUAAAAUACACCAGUGGAACUGCA